UGUCACUUGUCAACAAGGAACUAUUCAUUGUUUUGAUUGGGAAUUUUGACAUUUAAUUUUAAAUAUAAAAAAAUUAACGGAUUAAUUGAUCGUGUGUAUUUAUUUAAAAUUUACUUAAAAUUACUACAAAUCUGGAUGAUAAAAAAGAAAUAAUGAUUGCUGCCUCAGAUCCACAGGAAUAUGUUCCAAGUGGCCGGCAGCAAGCAUUACGCCAUCCAGGUCCUGUGGAAACUACUGUAAAUAGCAAUCUAUCGGAUUUAGACGAACUUUUGUUAAAUAAAUUCGAAAAAGUGUCUUUAGCAGACACAAAACGCACAGAAUGGUGGAUUUUGAGGAAGGUUCAAGAACAGAAACAUUACCACAAAGAGACAGCUGAAAUAGACAAAAUUGAAAUCAGAAGUUACAUUAAUCCUGGAAAUUAUAAAAGCAGAUACAGUGAUGUUGAAGAUUCUUUGAGUUUAAAAUCUCAUAGUGACACUAGCUUUAAUAAGUUUGGUAAAAGAUUAUCUGAUGUUAAUGCUUCAAAGUUUUCUAAUAAAAGGUUAUCAGUUGAAAAUGAACUUAGAGGUGAGAAAAGUGGUUAUGAAUCUAAUAAAUGUCUAUAUAAUAAAACUAAAAGUAAUGAAGAACCUGUUUUUAAAACAAAAAAGGAUUCCACUUAUAUGGAAGAUGAAUUAUAUGUCAAUGGCCAUACAGUUACUUGGUCUAGAGGUCUAGUAAAUAAUCAUGAUGAUCUAGAUAAUGGAAGGAAAAUCAUUUGUUCCUAUACAUCAGAUUUUGUAGUAAAACAAGCCUUAUGGUGUACAUUUUACUGUGAGUGCCCAGUUUUUGAUGACACUAUAAUAGAUUUUGCUAAUUCUGAUGAACCAUCUGGCAAUCCAGUAGAAGCUGUUUGUAUUACAGAUUCACAUACUAUCAGGGUUUUUACCCCCAAAGGGGAAGAUUACACUGUGUCUGUACCUUUCGUUUUAAAUAAGUUGUGGAAUACAAAGUUUGGAAUUUUUAUAACAAAAGAAAUUGGAAGUUUUCCAAAAGAUCACAUAUAUGAAAUGAGAGCUUCACUGUAUUCUCUGGCAUAUCCACUAGAUGAUAUUUGUCCAGUUGUACUUAACCAUAAUGGCUCUCUAUCGAUUUUAAAUAACAACAACAUGCAGGUUGUAUUUACCAGUGACAAUCCAAGCAUAUGUUUGAUGUAUGAUACUGCCUCUAAGCAACAUAGUGUAUAUAGAAUAAGGAAAAUAAGACCAGAUGAACAAGAUUUUGGUGAUAAAUUGUCUAAUAUGUGUACCACUCAGUCAAAUAAGUUAAAAAGUAAACUUUCCAUGUGGGAAAAUGUAGUAAACAGUAGGAAUGUACCACCAAGUCCCAUUAGUGCAAUUUCAACUGCAGGACAUUUAUUACCUAAUUCUAGAUCACAAAGUUCCAUGGCAAUGAUGAGUCGAUGUCAAUCACCAGCCCCUACUACUUAUAACAGUCCUUGGUUAGAACAAAAUUCUAAAUUAAACAAUAGCAUGAAAAAUUCCGCUAUUUCUGCUAAGUCGUAUUUUGACUUGUCCAAAACUGUAUCUUUUCUGAGAGCCAAUCCUACCAUUUGUUUGGAUUAUUUGUGGACUGAUAAUUAUUCAAUACAGGAUAGUAAUAUGGCGGCGCCGGCAUCUAAAGUGUUCUUUACAGACGAUCUCGUAGGUCAAAAAUACCUGUGCUACAUUUUGGAGUCUAGGUCUCAGCUGUCUAUAGUAAAAGUAGAUUUUUCAGGACGCAAUUUAAUUUUUGGUAUGCUUACUAGUAUUAGCGCCAAAGAUGCUGUUCCCAUACCGCAUUUGCAUAUGUUGGUUAUAUUGGAACAUAGCGGCAAUGUUACUCUGUAUUCGGGGUUAAAUAUUAUUGGAAAACUUCAUAUUGGUGGUACUUUGGCUCAGCAUACACCUUCGCCUUAUAUCAGACGAACCACACUUCAACUAAAUUUCUCCCCAUAUCCAAGACGUAGCAGCCUUCUUCCACAUUUAAAAUCUACAGAUCCUAAAUUCGAUGAGCAUUUGUUAUCCCCAGUAUUACCAGCGUUGUCGAGCAUGGGAACAAGAAAUCCCGUUCUUGAUAUGAGUUAUACAGAUCGUGAUAACAGAAAAGUCGUCUUAAACGGUCUCAUUGAUGCCAUAGAAGAUAGACUAACUCUAAAAUAUUCCGACGGAACUUUUUAUCGAAUAACACUGCCAAGUUUGUCGUCUACAUCGUUGGUGGAAAGUUGCUUGGUAACGCUACGACAAAUUUUACAGAAAGAUAUCGCUGCGGUAUUACUGUGCAGAUGGUACGCCACGAAAAACGUUAUCGGAGCUCAAGAUGUGACCUUUGAACAGGAAUGGAGUAUGUUUACUGCUCUAGUUCUUGAACUUCUUGGUUACGACGACGAUCAAGACAACGAUUCAUCAAAAGAUCCUCCCAUAACGCCAUCUAGCCUAUCUAAAAAACAAAAAUACUCUUCCGGUACAGACGACGACUGGUUAUACCUUUGUUCAUGUGAUCAUUCAAAAGUAAACGAAAGCUUAUCUAACACGAUAAAAAUAGAAAAAUCACACAAUAAGUCGAAAAUCGACGACGAUUUCAAGGAAAGUAUAGACGCAAGAGGUGUACUAUUUCCUUACAUACGCCAAAUACACUUCAGUCUUCACCUGUUAUACGAAGACAUUAAGCUCAACACGCUCAGAUCAGAAGAACUACUACCGUUAAUGAAGUUUCUUAAUCAGCUCUCCGUCGAUCUCAACUUAAAAGAAUACAACUUGUACUAUUGGCUCGAUUUUCCCGAACAAGCUGUCUUAAAAGCGAGUUCUGUGAUUCCCCAAAGCGAAUUGAAGAACAUCAACUUUUGGCCGGGAUGUUCGGAAACUCCCUGUAGUAUUUUUAGAUGCAUCUACGAGAUGUUAGAUGGAAAGAAUGUUCAACCGUACCCUUAUUUGACGAAUGUGAAUACCAGAUCAAGGGAUAUUGUACAGUUAUGCGGUAUUUUGUCGCAAGCCAACAGUGGUAUGACUUCAUAUCGCGAAGUAUUUUUGGAAAGUUUCAUUAAAGAAAUUAACAAUACAACGUUUGAGGAACUUCCUCAGACUCCGUGGAAACAGAAAAGCGUUCUGAACGAUUGCAGGGCUAUAGAACAAGUCGUUUUGCUUAUGGUUGAGAUGAAAAUAACCACAAGUUUUUUGGACACUUUGCCAAUUUCGAUAUUUUAUCUUCUCUACAAUGCACUAUGGAAAUGCCGGGAAAACCCGCCUGCAGACUGGCCGGCCGAAGCUUAUUAUCUAUUGUGGCGGGAAGAUCUCGCUGCUGAAGCUGUAAAGAUAGAAAAAGAGAGGCAAGAGUCUUCUCAAGAACUUUUGGGAAUGUACAGCAGUACUCAGUUAGAGGAUGUUAUGCCAGGUAUUAAAGCAGAUUUCGAACAAGUCGAUGGCAUGGAAGACACCGACAACUCUCUGAUGAAACUCCGUUUUAGCGACGAUGUCAGAGUGAACGAAACUAGGAAAAUGUUACAGAGCUCGAGGCCGGUGCCCAUAGUGUUGACGCAAAGACCUGACGUCUCUGAUCACGAUUUUAUAGAGGAGCAGGAGAAGCAUUUGUACGGGAUCUGUAUUAGGACUAUGGCGUUGCCUGUGGGAAGGGGGAUGUUUACGUUACGCACAGCAACGCCCGUCAUCACAGAACCGCUACCGGCCCCUCCACUUUGUUUAACGGGCAAAGCUCCUCCUAGGGGCACAACAGUCGAUUUAAACCAUAUAGAUACGCCGGCCAACAUGAAUUUGUGGCCACUUUUCCACAACGGCGUCGCAAACGGUUUGCGAAUUACCCCCGAUGCGCACAAUAUCGAUAAUACUUGGAUUAUAUUUAACAAAUGUAAAGGUGGAAACGAAUUACAAAUGGAACACGCCGGAUUUUUACUAGCUUUAGGACUAAACGGACAUUUAAAAAAUUUGGCCUUCAAUAGUACUUUUAAUUACCUAGAAAAAUUGCACGAAAUGACUAGCGUAGGAAUUUUAUUAGGAUUAUCAGCAGCAUUUAGAGGCACAGCACAUCCAUGUCUUACAAAAACUCUCGCUAUACACGUAGAAGCACUUCUUCCUCCCACUUCUAUGGAACUAGACAUUCCUCAGACGUUACAAGUAGCUGGUCUUUUGGGUAUAGGUCUAGUAUACCAGGGCUCCGCCAACAGGCACAUGACUGAAGUCUUAUUAACAGAAAUCGGUCGACCUCCUGGACCAGAAAUGGAGAAUAGCAUUGACAGAGAAUCAUAUUCUUUAGCAGCGGGACUAGCUUUAGGCUUGGUUACUCUGAAACAUGGUGAACAUCCUUCUGGUCUAUCGGAUUUAAAUGUACCUGAUACUUUGCACUAUUAUAUGGUUGGAGGGAAUAAAAGACCUCUUACAGGUUCCCAAAAAGACAAAUACAAAACGGCGUCCUUCCAAAUUAGAGAAGGUACUUCGGUAAAUUUGGAUGUAACAGCGCCAGGAUCUACUCUAGCUCUAGGUCUAAUGUAUUUAGGUACUAACAAUAAAGCUGUAGCCGAUUGGAUGGCUCCACCUCAAACUCAGUACUUGUUAGAUUUUGUUAGACCCGAUUUUUUAUUACUAAGAACGUUAUCAAGGUCACUUAUCCUAUGGAAUCAAGUAGAACCUACCAAAGAAUGGGUUGAAAAUCAAGUACCUUCAACCAUAAGACCUUAUUGCAUGGUCAAACCUUGCCAUAAUUUAGAUGUAGACUACGAGGCAAUGAAUCAAUCAUAUUGCAAUAUAGUCGCAGGUGCCAGCUUCGCUUUGGGACUCAAGUUUGCAGGAACUGCAGAUGAAGAAGCAUAUGAAACUUUAUUAUACUUCUGUCACGUGUUCACUUCGCUUACUGGCAAAUCCAUUGCUGACUUAGCUGGAAAAUCGACCAUCGAAACUUGUCUCAAUGUUCUUCUACUCUCAGUUUCUAUGGUAAUGGCGGGUACAGGAAAUUUAGAAAUCAUGCGAUUGGUGCGCCAUCUAAGAAGAAGGGUGGGCGUUUCUAAUAGUCAAGUAGUAACUUAUGGAUCUCAUUUGGCCAUACACAUGGCGUUAGGGCUACUAUUUCUAGGAGGAGGUCGGUAUACCUUAUCAAAUACGCCGUCUAGUGUUGCAGCCCUAAUAUGUGCAUUUUACCCUAAAUUCCCUACACACAGCAAUGAUAAUAGGUAUCAUUUACAAGCUUUCCGUCACUUGUAUGUCUUAGCUGUUGAACCGAGACUGAUUAUACCUAAGGAAGUUCACAUUGACGAAAUAUGCUACGCCAAUCUUAGGGUGGUUAAACUAGGUGGCGCUGUCAUGAAUAUAAAAGGUCCGGGAAUUAUACCAGACUUGAAUACUCUUCUAAAAGUUGAAGUGAACGAUGAAAGGUAUUGGCCGGUUGUAUUUCAGAGAGGCAAGAAUUGGGAAUUGUUAGAGCGAAUUUUGUCAACGACGGGCUACAUAGAAGUGAAACAACGGGCAGGUUGUCUUAGUUACAUCCUGGAUAAAUUUGGUUACCAUAGUCAACUAGCUCGCACACUUACUCAUUCCACGGUAGUACCUUGGGAUCCUUCUCCCACAUCCAUAACUCUGUUCACUUCCGAUAAAUGCGUGAAGUUGUUCUGCAAGCAUUUUUUGACAGGCGACAAAUCUAAAGAGACCAGCACGGUCGAGGGGCGGUUGAAGCAGUGCUUAAGUAAAAUUACUUAUGAUGCUGUUGUGAAGGAUAAGCUGAUUGUGAUAGUAGUAUUUAUUGCAUUAGUUAAGGUUAUUUUGGACCUCGAGCUUUCGCCAUGCACAUCGAAUAUAUGGCAAUUUAAAAUCAUAGCUAAACAAAUAUUAAAAAGCCAUUCUUCCAACUUGCUUUCCAAAGAAAUAACUUUGUCCCUUCGGCAAGAAUUUUUGCAACAUUUUGACGGUUGGGAAGAGCCUUUGAAGCCUUCAUUGCAGAAAUUCUUAACCAGUCUGGACUUCGCCGGCAAUAUUGAUAAACAAAUUUCCAAGAGAUUAGCUACGUAUAUAAUUUUUUACGAUUUUCCUUGGAAGUGUGAAAUUCGGCGAGGGGAGUUUUUGGAAAUGUUUGGAAAUUUGAUGAAAAGCGGAUUGUGUACAGAAACUGUUGAAAAAAUUGUUAAAUUGUUGAAUUAAAUUUGUUUGUAUAUUUUUUUAUAGAUAAAUAAGACUUUAAGAAGUUUAA